UGCAAAACAGUGUCAUAUUUAACCUCAACAAUCGUAUACUGAGCGCUUUUGUUUAUCACUUGUUUGGUCUUUUCCUUGAUGAAAAUCUGGUUAAAUGACUGAUAAAAUUGUGGAUCUCACUGUAAACGAUGGUGCCAGUUGUAGUCGUAGAAGUGUUCAUCAGAUCCUUAUUUAUCCGGAAGGACAGGGUGGAAUUUCUAUCAAUACGGAGGAUUACAAGACUUUGGCCGCUAAGGAAUUUGUCAAUGAUGUCAUAAUUGACUUCUUCCUGAACUAUUUGCGCUUAACAAUACUUUCUGAAGAGCAGCGCGAGAAGACACACUUCUUCAGCUCAUUCUUCUAUGAACGCUUAAGCGCUGUCCCAUCAAGGGACCAGCGUCAGGCGGAGAAGAAUCUGAAGAUGACGGUGACGCAGAAGAGACACAACCGCGUCAAGAGGUGGACCAAGAAUGUUAAUCUCUUUGAGAAGGACUUUGUGGUGAUUCCAAUCAAUAAGAGGAAUCACUGGUUCCUGGCUAUUAUCUGCUUCCCAGGACUCGAUGGACCACGAACGUAUUCUGAGGGCGUUCCAAUGAGAAGAUUGGAUCGACAUCAACCAAUUAAGCAGCCUUGCAUCUUAAUAUUCGAUUCCAUGUUUGAACAUGCUGAAAACCAUGUGGUGGCUACUCUUCGUGACUACCUCACGUGUGAGUAUCAGGCAAAGGUUUUUCCGAUGGCUAAUCCAUCCAGCCACGUAUUCAACGAGAGAAACAUGCCUAGUCAUUCAGUGAAACUGCCUCAGCAGGAGAAUUGCUUCGACUGUGGUCUGUUCUUGUUGCAAUAUGCUCAAGAAUUCUUCUGUGAUCCCAUCAGAGACUUUCGAUUGCCUAUUCGACAGCUGGAAAAUUGGUUCUGGCCCGUUUUGCCGACCCGCAAGCGGGAAGAAAUAGCGAAAUUGCUGAUACAACUCAUUAAGGAAAGUCAUCCAGAAAGACUAGAUCUCUUGCCACAUAUUCCAUUUCCCACGUGUGAUGGAAGGGUAAUAAAUGAAGGGGAACUGUGA